AUGGCCGCCACCAGACGACUCAGGUCGCUGGCUGUAAAAUGUCAGCUGUCGGAGCUCAGUUUGAAGGUCGCUCGAUUGCAUGUCGCUGGAGUGCAGUCAUGUUGGGCUUCUUGUGUAUCUGUGGUUUGUGUAGGGACGUCGCAGGAUCAGCUUGCCUCUUUUGUUGAGGGAGCGGCGCUCAGCAAGGCCGGACCGAACCAGCAGUGUACACGGGUGAUGGACUUAGUUCUCCUCAUUGACGACUCGGCAAGUAUUAGCAAACAGAACUUUGAAGCGGUUCGCAAAUUCGUUGUAGACUUCUUGAAAUUGGUUCCGAUCUCUGAGGAAGAGGUCCACGCUUCUUUGGUGACUUUCUCACACACGACAGUCGAUGUGUUUACAUUCAAGAACCCAGAAGGAACCAACCAGGAGCUGGCGGUCAAUGCUAUGCAAAACCUCAAGCACCGUCGCGGAUUCAGUACAUCAACUGAUGAGGGUAUUGACCGCGUGGGUGUUAUUUUCACUGAAUCCUCCUUCGGCGCGCGAGCGGGUGUGCCUAAGGUGCUUGUGCUCAUGACUGAUGGCGAGUCCAACUCGUAUAGCGACACCAAGAUCGCUGCAGACAAAAUCCGGACGCAAGGUGUGUCGGUUUUUGUCGUGGGUGUCGGAGCUGCGUACCCGGCAGAGUGUCGCGCCGUCGUGGGCUGCGACAGCGAGGGAGCGUGCCCGCAGUUUAUUCAGUCCAACUGGUCAGGCCUGGUCAACACGGUUGAGUCCAUUAUGGCCGUAGUGUGCAAGAGGUUGCCGAAGGACGCAGAAUGCUCGGAGUGGAGCGAGUGGUCGACCUGUACGGCCACUUGCGGUCCAGGCACGCGCGAAAGAAGGCGCAAACAGCUGGCCGAACCCGUGGAAGGUAGUGCGCCAUGCCCUACGUGUUCUCCGUUGAAGGGGAAGACUUGCGAAGAGCUGGGAGGUCUCCGUCUAAGCGAAGGCUGCAAUUUGCUGGAGUGCCCGGUGGAUGCGGGCUGCGGCGAGUGGGGCGAGUGGACCGCAUGGGCCGCGUCCUGCGGGCAUGCGAUCCGCAGCCGCAAGCGCGUCGGCUACAACACCCCCCCGCCCAGAGGCACUGGCGUGCUGUGCGAACAGAAGCAACCUCCUGUGCCAAGCGAAGAAAGCGAGGAAAAGGACUUUGGACCGUGCCCUGUCAACCAGGUUCCUGGCGACUGGACAGACUGGUCUGUCUGCACCGCGACUUGCGGGGGUGGAACUCGCCAUAGAACCCGUUCCGGAACCCCUCAGGUUGGUGAGCUGUACGGGGGACAGACUCUUGAGGAGCAAGGCUUCGAAGUGCGUCAGGAAGAAAAGUGCGGUGAGUCUGCUUGCCCGGUUGAUGCAACGUGCGGUGAGCUAGGUGAAUGGUCAGUGUGUUCCAGGUCGUGCGGAGGCGGGACGUCAGUCAGGAGACGUGAUCCGUGGGAGAACAACCAACAGCACGGAGGAAAAUCAUGCGAUCAGCAAUUCCCAGAAGGCCGCGAGCAGCAGAAGGAAUGCAACCUAGAGCCUUGCCCAGUCGACGAAGUCGCCGGAGAGUGGCUCGAUUGGAGCACGUGUUCUGUGUCCUGCGGGCAAGGAACCAUGACCCGCAAAAGAGGUCCGAGCCCCGUAAAGGCACAGUUUGGUGGCAAAACGAUUGCUCAGCAGAACGAAACCUCGUCGGAACAAAUUCUUAUGGAGGAGCAGGAAGACUGCGUUCCCUUCCCUUGCGGCCCGUGCGCGUACGAGUUCGGCCCGUGGACCGAGUGCGAGGGAACGUGCGCAGGUGGGGGUACGAGAGUGCGUCACACAGCGGUGCGCUUUGAUUAUCCGGACGAGAAGUGCAGCGCGACCACCGCAGAGCUGGAGUCUUGUGUCCCGAAGGGCUGCGAGGCAGAAGGCGGAGCGGCUCCAGUUCCUGGAGAAGGCGCGCACGACGAAUCUGCGAGCAGCGGAGCUGGCGAGAACACAACUAACACCAAUGAGAAGGCGGAAGAGGAUGGCGUGCCGGCGGCCGCAAUCGCAGGUGGUGUGGUUGGCGGUGUGCUGUUGCUCGCAGCUGCGGGAGGAGGCGCGUAUUACAUGACGGGUUCGGCUGCAAGCGGGGCAGCGGGUGCCAGCGCCAGUCCGGAUGUAUCAGGCGAGCACCAGGUCCGCGAGGUGGAGCAAGAAGAAAGGGAGGCCGUGAUCAAUGUCGACGAGGACGGCGACAUGUGGUCAGCGUAG